AUGGCACACACUGACAGAGAAUGCUUGUUAGCACUUAUUUUUUUAUUCAUGUGGCUGUUGAGUAGAGAAACGGCUUUAAUAGAUCCAUGCAAGCGAGGCAGCGUAACUGUCCAGCCUUCCCCUACGAUUCCACUUGGGGCAGCCGCCAAUAUUUCCUGCUCUUUGAAUUCUAAAUAUGGCUGCUCUCAUCAUGAAGACCAGUUAACCCUCUUCAAGUCUGAGAAAAUAAUCCAUGUCCACCAGGGCCAAGCCUUCACUUUUCAGGUCACCGACCUUCCCCUUGACAAAAACGUGUUCGUCUGCAAGACGAAAUGCAACGCCGUUCCCAAGGUGGUGUGUGGGGUGCAGGUCUCCGUUGGUGUUCCUCCAGAGCAACCUCAAAACCUAUCCUGUGUCCAGACAGGAGAAAAUGGGACUGUGGCCUGCACCUGGGACCCUGGACGAGAUACGCAUUUGCAAACCACUUAUACUUUACAGUUAACUGGACCAAACAAUGAGAUCUUUCAGGCCCGAAACAGUUGUCAGAAUUGCAGUCAUUUGGAUCUUAGAUCUACUCUAACCCCUGAAUUUGCUGAUUCCAAGUACACAGUCAGUGUCACUGCCGUCAAUGAUCUUGGAAACUCAUCUUCAUUUCCAUUUACGUUCACCUUCUUGGAUAUAGUGAGGCCCCUUCCUCCGUGGGACAUCAGAAUCAACUUUCUGAAUGAUUCUGGGAGCAGAGGUAUACUGCAAUGGAAAGACGAGGGACACGUGGUAUUCAAUCAACUCAGAUACAGGCCGCUUAACAGCACAUCCUGGAAUAUGGUUUAUGCUGCAAAUGCCAAAGGAAAAUAUCUCCUGCAAGAUCUGACACCAUUUACAGAAUAUGAAUUUCAGAUUUCUUCUAAGCUACAUCUCUCCAAGGGAAGCUGGAGUGAGUGGAGUGAAUCACUGAAAACACAAACACCAGAAGAAGCACCCAAUGGGACAUUAGACCUCUGGUACAUGAAACAGAACAUCAGCUACAACAGACAAAAUAUCUCUCUUUCCUGGAAGAGACUGAGUCCAUCAGAGGCAAGGGGGAAAAUCACCUAUCAGGUGACCUUACAGGAAGUGAUAAACAAAACUACCCUGCGGAACACUACAGAAGACACCUCCUGGACCGUGGUCAUCCCCAGAACUGGCGCUUGGACGGCUUCUGUGUCUGCAACCAAUUCAAAAGGCACUUCUGCACCCGCUCGUAUUAGCAUAGUGGACCUGUGUGGCGCUGGGUUGCUGGCUCCCUACCAGGUCUCUUCAAAGUCUGAGAACAGGGACAUCAUGGUGACCUGGCAGCCCCCCAGGAAAGCCGCCUCUGCUGUUCGAGAGUACAUAGUGGAAUGGAGGCAUCAAGGAGAGAGCAAUAAGAAGUUUCCACAGUGGCUGCGGGUCCCCCAUUACAACCACUCCAACCUGUCUGCUCUGAUUUCAGAGAACAUAGAUCCCGACGUCUGUUAUGAAAUCAAGGUUCAUGCGCUGUCAGAGGACCAAAGAGGGUGCAGCUCUAUCUGGGGUGACAGCAGGCCCAAAGCACCACUGAGUGGUCCUCAUAUCAUUGCUGUUACAGAGAAAGAAGAAAGCAUUUUUCUUUCCUGGACCCCCAUCCCAGCCCAGGAGCAAAUGGGCUGCAUUCUCCACUACAGAAUAUACUGGAAAGAACGAGACUCUCCUGAGAAGCCUGUGCACUGUGAAAUUCCGUACAGACAUCCCCAAAACUCAUAUCCAAUAAGCAGCCUGCAGCCCGGAGUGACAUAUGUUCUAUGGAUGACAGCUCUGACAGCUGCUGGUGAAAGUCCCCAAGGAAAUGAAAGGGAAUUUUGUCCACAGGGUAAAGCCAAUUGGAAAGCAUUCGUGGUAACAAGCAUUUUCAUCGCUAUCAUCAUAGUGGGCAUUUUCUCAAUUCGUUACUUCCGGCAAAAGACAUUUGCUUUCCUUUCUGCUCUCAGACCUGCAUGGUACAGCAGAACCAUACCAGAUCCAGCAAACAGCACCUGGGUAAAGAAGUAUGCCAGUGUAGAGGAAAAGACCCAGCUACCUAUGGACAGUCUCCUGAUGACCUGGCACACUCCUGAAGAGCCUGAGCCCUUGAUCAUCAAUGAGGUCCUUUAUCAAAUGAUCCCAGUCAUCAGAAAACCCUACUGCUCCAAAAGAGGACACGGGUUCCAAAGUUACUCUGCCUCCAAGGAAGACACAAUAUACAUUGCCUCCAGUCCACAACCUACAGGAACUCUCAAAGCUGAGACAAGACAAAUAGUGAAUCUAUACAAGGUGCUGGGAAGCAGGGACCCUGACUCAAAACUGGCCAGCCCCUUGACAAUCACCCCAGUGGACUACCUUCCCAGUCAUGAAGGCUAUUUACCCUCCAACAUAGAAGACCUCUCUCCCAAUGAGGCUCCUCCAACUGAUUCUUUCGAUCUGGAACAUCAACACAUUCCUCUUUCCAUUUUUGCAUCAAGCACUCUCCGCCCACUCACCUUCUGUGGUGAGAGGCUGACUUUAGAUAGGUUAAAGAUGGGGUAUGACUCCCCCAUGACAAACAAUGAGGCUUGACACCUAGAAUGUCUGCACACCCCACUGGUA